AUGCGCGGCGGACUCUUUCUCUCAUUAGUUUUCCUAUCUAUAUGCGUCCUCCUUUCCAAUGUUUCAUGUGAACCUUAUUAUCCUCAGGGUUUAAUUCUCGAUGAUGCGGACGCACCUUUGGACAAUAUUGAAUAUGAUAAGGAAAAUGAAGGUGAUUUUAGACUUGGAGAAAGAAACUUGUUGGAAGUGAAGAAAAAAGUCUCGUCAAAAUCGACUCCGAAACAACCUACUAAGCCGCUCCCAUCUGUGUCCAAAUCAAAGAUUUCCAAAAAAGAAUCUCAUUCUCUAAAACCGGAAGUGAAGAAGUCCCAGAAAUUAAAUCCAGUUCAUUUGAAACGGGUUCCAGAGUCUGUGGUGCACAAGCAAGCAAAAGCACAUCAUCUUGUGGGCAAAAAUGAUAGUAGGAAAUGGGUACCCACUUUUGAGGACCACGACUGCGAUGGAAUUCCUGACGACCAAGACGACGAUGUUGAUAAUGAUGGGCUGUUGGAUCGAACACAGGAUUCUGAUUGGGAUGGUCUUCUCAACCAUGUUGACGAAGACGAUGAUAACGAUGGAAUCCCCGACAAAGAGGACGAAGAUGCCAACGGCGAUGGAAUCCCAGACUGCCGGCUCGACACCACAGAUCACAAGUUUAAAUUGCGCUAUGGCAACAAAAAGAAGGUCUUCGACAGCGAUAUGGACGGCAUCCCAGAUGAUGUGGAUCUGGAUGACGAUAAUAAUGGAAUUCCUGAUAUGCUGGAGGACAGAAAUGGUGAUCAGAUCCCUGACUUCCUGGAACCCGUCAUCGACGAAUUAAGAACUCUGGACGAUGUAGUGCGACUGAACAAAAUGAUGGCUGCUGUUGGUUGGAGCGAUCGUGACUGUGAUGGAAUUCCUGAUCACCUAGAUCCGGACGAUGACAACGAUGGAUAUUUCGACAAGAAACAGGACAGUGAUCGAGAUGGCAUCCUCAACGAAUACGACGACGACGAUGACAAUGAUGGCAUCCCUGAUAUUGAGGAUUUGGAUGCAAACGGAGAUGGUAUUCCGGAUUGCAUCAUUCAGGAUUCCGAUGGCGAUGGGAUUCCCGAUCACAUCGAUACCGACGAUGACAACGACGGUAUUCCGGACCUCAAAGACCCAAAUCACAAAUUCUUCAAUUUCUUCCGUGACAGCGAUAAUGACGGAAUUCCAGAUAUUCUCGACCGAGACGAUGACAACGAUGGAAUUCCUGACCAUCUUGACACCGAUGGAGUUCGAGGCCUUGGUAUUGACUCUGACGGUGACGGGUUCCCGGAUGCCAUUGAUGAUGAUAUGAAUGAUGAUGGCAUUCCUGACCACCUCCAGGAUCAUGAUUGUGAUGGUAUUCCAGACAUCAUCGAUCCUGACGAUGAUAACGAUGGAUUCUUUGACAACAAGCAGGAUAGCGAUAAUGAUGGGAUACUCAACGAAUGGGAUGAUGACGACGACAAUGAUGGUAUACCUGAUUCUGAAGACGAGGACUCAAAUGGUGAUGGUAUACCCGACUGUCAACCAAGAGAUUCUGAUGGUGACGGUAUUCCGGACCAUCUGGACGAUGAUGACGACAAUGAUGGCAUUCCUGACCACUUGGACCCUGAUCAUAUGGCCUUCUUAAUGUAUAAACCUAAAAAUCUCGAAGCUAUGACGGCUCAACAAGCACAACACGAGGCAAACACAAUGGCGGCUGACUUGGGUGAUCCGGGAGACAAGGAUUGUGAUGGAAUUCCAGACGAAGAGGACGAUGAUAUGGAUAAUGAUGGAAAGAUUGAUCGAACACAAGACUCUGACUGGGAUGGUCUACUCAAUCACAUUGACGACGAUGAUGAUAAUGAUGGUGCGACUCGCAUUCCAGACUAUCUGGAUCCCGACGCAAACGGGGAUGGAAUUCCUGAUUGCAAUCGCAAUAAGUCAGUGCGCUACCACGUAGUUCGAAGUUUUGGUGGAACUAUAAAGAAAGUGAUCAAGGUUCGUCAAUUGACCGAGGAGGAGGAUGCAUUAACCCGACUGAAGGAAGCAGUCGAUCAUCGACUUCAUCGCAUUCGUGCACUCAUGGAUCCAAGUGUAUUGCAGCCCACUCCGACUCAAUUUGUGAAGAGUACACGAGCACCAAUCAUCACUCAUCCGAUGGGAAAGAAGAUGAUGACUGUGACACAAACAGCUCCAGCGAAGAAGGUUGUGCCUCCGAAGAGGAUGAAAACAGAGGCAACUUUUGUGAAGAAGAAUCCUACGGGCAAAGUAAGUAUACCAACAGGACAGAUGGGCAAAAGAAAACUGGCGGGACUCUAUCUGAGGAGAUACGGAGGUGAUGAAAACCUCUUUGAUGAGGAAGAUUUGGAUGUAGAAGCAGACAGUGAAGCAGAUGAUGAAUCUGUCGAUGACGAAUUCGAGGAUGAUUUCGACGAAGAGGUAGAAGACGAUGCCUCUUAUUCCUUAUCCGUUGAUAACGAUGUCCUGGUAUUCGAUACUGCUGAGGGCUCGGAACAAUUCCCUUCCAUGCGCGAUUUUGGUGCAUUUUCUGAUGGAGGUGAUGAGAGUGACGACGAUGAAGAAGGGGAGUUUGUUCAAGAUGAUGUUCCACCAUUCUUUGGUCGAAGACUGCUUCAGAAGAGUGUUAAAAAGCCUCCAGUAGCGGUUGUAAAGAAACCCAAAGUGCCUCCAAAGCAGACAGGCAAGAAACAGAUGUCAAGAGGUGAAACCAUCAGCGAUUAUCUAAAGGACGAUGAUGGGGAUGGCAUUCCUAAUUACCUGGACAAGGAUCACAAACUCUACAAAGCAGAAGCUGUAAAGAAGCCGGCUGCGUGCUCUAAGAAGGAUGGGUCAUGCAAGCAGACUAAUGUAUCCAAAUCGAAGCCUUCCUUGAAAGACUCCGACAAAGAUGGCAUUCCUGACUAUCUAGAAGAUGAGGAUGGUGAUGGAAUCCCGAACUAUCUUGAUGAAGACACUCCUGCAUUUUCUCAGCGCUAUCAAUUCUAUAUGAAGUUAAUUAAAAUGUUGGAUUCUGAUGGAGACAAAAUUCCUGAUGUGUUGGAAGUGGACUCAGACUCUGAUGGGGCACCUGAUUUCCUAACUGACGAUGACAAGGAUGGAAUGCUAGACUACUAUGAGGAUGACGAUGGUGACGGGAUACCUAAUAUGCUAGACCGUGAUAGCAAGUUCUUUGUCUUGAAGGCAAAAAAGCUUCCGAAACAUGUCGACCGCGAUGGCGAUGGUGUUCCGGAUCAUCUUCAGGGUGAUAAAGAUGGAGAUGGGAUCCCGGACUACUUGGCGGAUGAUGAUGGAGAUGGGAUCCCAAACUUCCUCGAAGAUGAUGACAACGAUGGGAUCCCCAACUUCUUGGAAGACUCAGACGGCGAUGGAAUUCCAAACUACCUCGAUGAUGAACCCACCGUCCCGAAGAAGGUAAAGACAAAACCACAAGCCCCAAAAAUUACUAAAAAGGGUAAAAGUGGCAAAUCGCGUCAUGGUAAACGUCUCACUGUUGCUGAUUCUGACAACGACGGAAUCUCGGACCUAAUGGAGGAUGAUGAUGAUGACGGCAUCCCGAAUUUCCUUGAUGAUUCGGACGGAGAUGGUAUUCCAAACUAUAUGGACAAAGACAGUCGGUACUACAUGAAAACAAGAGUGAAGAAGCUUGUGCUAACUGAUAGGGAUAAAGAUGGCAUUCCUGAUUCUUGCGCUGGUGACAGUGAUAAUGAUGGAAUUCCCGACUACCUAGAAGAUGCUGAUGGCGAUGGCAUUCCAGAUUGCAUUGACUUAGACGUCGCUACUCAUCAGAUACCCAAGCAAACGCAGAAGUUGGCUCGAUUUGUUGACAGUGAUGGUGAUGGUGUUAUGGAUCAUCUGGAAGACGAGAAUAGCGAUGGAAUCCCCGAUGCUCUUGAGGGUGACGCCAACGGUGAUGGAGUUCCCGAUUACUUGGAAGAUGCUGAUGGUGAUGGAAUCCCUGAUUAUCUUGAAGAUGCUGAUGGCGAUGGUAUUCCCGACUAUCUGGAUGAAGACCCAAGUAUAUUCACACUGACUCACUUCAAACAGGCAAAACUUUCAUCAAAAAUCGACAAGGAUGGCGAUGGGAUUCCUGACGCCUUAACGGUUGACUCAGAUGGUGAUGGUAUCCCUGACUAUUUGGAGGAUUCUGAUGGUGAUGGAAUUCCUGACUAUUUGGAGGAUCAAGAUGGAGACGGCAUUCCAAAUUAUCUUGACACUGAUGCCAGCAUCGAUACGGAUCUUCCUAUUGUUGCUCCUUCCGAUGAUAAUGAUGAUGACGUUGACUUUAAUGAUGAUGUGUUUCAACAGGAUACUAACAACAACGGAAUUCCCGAUUACCUUGAGGACUGGGAUGGCGACGGUAUCCCGAACUACCUUGAGGAUGCGGACAAUGAUGGUAUUCCAGAUUACAUGGAUAAAAAAGACAAUCGAAAGAAGAAUAAAUUAUCAUGGAAGCUUGUGAGGGCAAGGAGAAUGAAGGAUGAGGAUAAUGAUGGGAUCCCGGAUGAUCUGGAAGGGGAUUCUGACGGAGAUGGAAUUCCUGAUUAUAUGGAAGACGAAGAUGGUGAUGGUAUUCCUGACUACCUAGAUGAUGAUGUGGAUGGUGACGGUGUCGAUGACGAUGAGGAUGAUGAUGAUGGAAACGGAAUUCCUGAUUACUUGGAAGGUGAUAGUGAUGGAGACGGUAUUCCGGAUUACAUGGAGGAUGAAGAUGGUGAUGGUAUUCCAGACUACUUAGAUGAGGACUCUAAUGGUGACGGGAUUCCAGAUCACCUGGAAGGUGACAAUGACGGCGAUGGCGUUCCUGACUACCUAGAGGAUUCGGAUGGUGAUGGUAUUCCAGAUUAUUUGGAUGAGGAUGAUGAUAACGAUGGAAUACCGGAUCAGCUUGAUGCUGAUGUGGAUGGGAAUGGGAUUCCUGACUAUCUAGAAAAGGACUCUGAUGGAGAUGGAAUUCCUGACUACAAAGAAGAUGCAGAUGGUGAUGGCAUUCCGGAUUAUCUUGAUGAUGAUGCUGAUGGAAAUGGGAUUCCAGAUCAUUUGGAGGGAGAUUCUGAUGGCGAUGGGAUUCCCGAUUAUAAGGAGGAUUCCGAUGGUGAUGGAAUCCCUGACUAUUUGGACGAUGAUGAUGAUAAUGACGGUAUUCCAGAUACCGAAGAUGAAGAUGAUGAUGGAGAUGGUGUUCCAGAUGAGCAGGAAGACAGUGAUGGGGAUGGUAUUCCUGAUUAUCUCGACGACGAUGACGAUAACGAUGGGGUUCCAGAUGCUCUAGACACUGAUGAUAAUGGCAACGGUAUUCCAGAUUACCUAGAAGGCGAUUCAGAUGGAGAUGGGAUUCCUGACUACAAAGAAGAUGCUGAUGGUGAUGGUAUUCCCGAUUAUUUGGACGACGAUGACGACAAUGAUGGAAUUCCCGAUUAUCUCGAUGAUGAUGACGAUGGCAAUGGCAUUCCCGAUGAUCUUGAAGGUGAUUCUGAUGGUGAUGGUAUUCCAGACUAUCAGGAAGAUGAGGACGGGGAUGGGAUUCCCGACUACCUUGAUGAAGACUCUCAAGCUUUUCGAGGAAAGAAGGGACUCCCACCAGUGACCUCUACCAAAGUUCCCAAUCGACCGAUAGUUGGGUAUAGGAAGGUGAUUGACAAAAAUAAGAACUGGCGCCCAGAUCAUUUAGAGAUGAAAGACACUGAUGGUGAUGGGGUGAUAGAUCUCUAUGAUGAAGAUGACGACAAUGAUGGGAUUCCAGAUGUCGAAGACGAUGAUGAUGACAACGAUGGGAUGCCCGAUAUUUACGAAGACAAAGAUGGAAAUCAAAUGCUGGAUUAUUUGGAAGCAAAGGAUACCGAUGGUGAUGGGAUUCCCGACUAUCUAGACGACGAUGACGAUAAUGAUGGGAUUCCUGAUCACCUUGAUGAUGACGAUGAUAAUGAUGGAAUUCCAGAUGAUGAGGAAGACGAGAAUAUGAAUUCGGUUCCUGACUCAAUGGAAAUGAAGGAUUCCGAUGGUGAUGGCAUUAUCGACCUUAUGGACACUGAUGAUGACAACGACGGGAUCCCUGACUACCUCGACAACGACGAUGAUGGGGAUGGUAUCCCAGAUGACAAAGAGGAUUCUGAUGGCGAUGGAAUCCCUGACAGACAGGAGAAGACUCGACCUCCCAGAAAAAUCCCACAAUUGCCCACAAAGAUAGCUGGAAAGCCAAUAACCGCGAAACCGCCUCCGAUCACAAAACCGACAAAACCGGCCACUGAUCCGACCUUUCAAACUCUUGCUAAGCCAUCGAUCAAACCCGGUAAUCGCAUGACCGUUGAUGUAGACCGUAGUCCACCUGUUAUGCUCGUUAGUUCAACACUCAAAAUGAAUGCUUGUUACCAUUACAAGGGAAUUCGGUGUCCUGAAAAUCAUGGCGAAGACGAGUUGUUAUCUCACAUCGCCUUAUGUUCGGGCGUUAGGAGCUUGGGCAUCACCAAAGUGAUGACAUCGGGAAGGAAGGUGAAGAGGGCAGGAGACGAUGAGGCACUGAGUAAUUCCUACCUCCUAUCCACCAUCCGAGCGCAUAUUCAAAUCACUCUGAGCCCAAUGCUCUCAGAGAAAGGGCCGGCGAAGAAGCGGCCGGUACUUGAUAGCGACACUGAUGACGACGAGGUGAAAUCGGUUUUUGGAAAAGCACCAAAACCAAAGCGAAAGGCACCUACAUACUCCGACGAAAAUGACGAGUCUUCGAAGCCCUCAGUUCUACGACAGGUGGUGCAAACUGUACUUCGACGCAUGGAAGCCGUAUUUGGUGUGGAUGAGUAG